UGUCACACCACGCGCAAGCUCAUGAUCUACAGUGAGACGCGCGAGCUGAAGAUCUCCAUACCCUUGAAAGGUCGCGCGAUCGCGAUUGGUCAAAUGAAAGCAUGGGUUGCUCCUGCAGCAGUUUCCUACAUGUCGUGUGCUCGUACCUGAGCGUAACAUAGUGAGCGACUCACAUAAAAGCGGUCUUUUUACUUUCAGUCAGCUUAUUUUUCUGUUCUUUGCAGAUAACCAAGGAUCUGUAUGUACAACGUAUCGUUUUCGAGUUACGCCACUCAUUGCCAGGUGUUGCUUGGUUAAGUAUAUGAUUACUUAUGCACCGCCGUACCCGUACGACAGUAAAAGAUGGAUAUCUCAGACCUGGAGCAUCGCAAGGAAUGCGUCGGGGAGCAGAUCCGGGCGUUGAAGACGUUAAAUGACAGGUUCGGGACUGCCUUUCAAAAUUUAUCCGCAGCAAUGGCUCACGGCGACAAAGAAAAAAGAGGGCCUCUGCGACUUUCAGCGGGGGAGUUCCGAUCCUACGAAAAUGUCAAUCGACGCGCCAACGCGGCAAAGCACGAGAAUCUCGGUGCAGAUGGAGUUGGUGAGAUUCCGCGUUUCCGCUCAAAUUGGACCGAAACUGCAAAAAAAGCAUCAGCGGCCCCGGAUCCUGAAGGUUUGGGCAAUUGCAAAGGGGCGCUGGAAACGGCGUAUUCAAAGUUCAUUGGACGCCCCCUCCGGAAAAACGAGCCCCGCUAUAGAUGGGUACACCGCCCGCAUAAUCAAGGACCUUUUACAGCCAUUUGUUGUCUCGACCACCUUGAAGAACCAGUGGAGCUGUUUGGCGACACGUACACGUUCAAGAAAACAGCUGAGCAUUCGGCAGCACGGCAGGCACUACACCACAUCCAGACUCUGGAACCAAAGCGGAGCGCACCCGUAGCGAAGGAGGCACUGAACCGGCCGGAAUCGGUCCUAACUACAAAGGAGCAGGUUACUACAGAGAGGACGGGAGCAGCGAUAAAGCCCACCGCAGACAGGGGGGUAGAUGACCAGAGCAGAUCACAGAGAGGAAGUCGUGAUCAGGAAGUAGAGGUAAAAAAGCAUGCAGCACCGACACCAAGCGUGCCAGAGCCGCAACCCGUGGUGGAUGAUGUCGACAGUCUAAUGGAUGCAAUCAGUAAGAUGAAUCUGCGGGACUCUACUGCAGAGCGGAAGCCCGAAUAUCCACCAAAUGAGGCUGUCAUCCGCGUUCUGCGUGAAGCGCAGGGCCCGCUUCGGCUUCGCGUGAUUUAUCUCUUGGCGCUCGGGCACGAUCCCAAGACGGCACAGAUGGGCGGAGGUGUGCGCGCCGGUUUCGUCAAGCAGCUCAAAGGGAUGCAACAAAAGGGGUUACUUGUGCACAGUGGCGAUGACAGUUGGCGAGCUUCGUGAACAUUUUCCGUUUAUUCGGAUUUACUUCAAGGUUUAGUUGGUCCAUUCCAUGAUCUCGGGAGAGAGUGUAGAUUCGACAGGAUUCCACAAAUGUAUUUGAAUGCAGUGAAAUAGAGCAACAGCCGUGAUCGCCGGACCGGGGC